AUGGACCCUCCAGCCCUCCCUGUGGCCAGACUUGAUGUGGACGUGGACCUCGGUUUUGCAUUCUUUUUCUUCUUCAUUCUCUGCUUUUUCUUGCUGGUGACCAUUGUCCGCUGUGCUCAGAUGGUGCUGGACCCUUACAGUGCUGUCUCUGUCUCUACAUACCAGGAGGAGGAGCAAAUGGAAGACUGA